GUAGGGGGCAAGUGGCUUUUGUGCAAACUCCUUGGCCUAGUUUCUCAAUCUUGAUUAUUGAUGAGUGGCGGAGAAUUACAUAAAACCCUGUUCCCCUGCAGUUCUCUGUACCCCAAUGUACACUAGGCCGGCCGGUUCAUGCAGGUCACAUGGUCAUUUAAUGUCCUCUGUGAAGAUUCAAGUGCAGUCAAAAUUUUGGAAAGUACAUGUAGAGUUCAAUUAGAAGGUCACAGGCAGUAUCAUCCGUCUAGACUUGCUCGGUAUCAGUCGGACAUUGAUUAAGACGGAAAGAUGGCUACAAUUCCCACGGGUACAAUCUUAGCAGCACAGAGGUGUCGUGAGGUACAGCGUCAUCAGAAAUUGGCUUCGCUGCGGUCAGAGCCCAUCGGUAUUGCUGGGUCUCCGAUAGGAUCUCCAGAAUGCACACCUCCGGCUAGCCCAAGAAAAACAGAGUUUGGUGUGAACACAUUUGCCAAGCUCUACCAGCUGAUCCACCCCCGCUCCAUGCCCCAGGAGGGGGAGAUAGGGGCUCCUGGUAGUCCCCGCCAGGGGGCAUCCCAUUCCAAGUUCUCCCAGCUCCUUCACCAUCGCUCCGUAUCCCAUGAGAGUGAUAUGACGUCCCCUCCUAUGAGUCCUACCAGCCCAGGAUUAGAUGCAUCCCAUUCCAACCUUUCUCCCAUCAUGCAUCACCAGGAGACAUCGGUCGGAGGGUCGGCGAGCGGCCAGACCCAGAGCCUGGAGGCGUCACACCACACCUCCUCCAUCACCUCCAUGACGUAGAUUAAGCCUACCCUCAGCAUACAUAAAACCCAACCAAGACGUCGUCGCGCUGCCAGGCACGACCCAACAUACCCACACAGCUCUUUCUCAGAGUGAAACUAGAAAAGGAACCUGUGUUUUGUUGCAAUAUCAUAUAUAUGCUAAAGAUUAUACUUGUAGAAAUGCCAUGUUGUGCACUGUAUGGUGCUUUAGUGAAGACCCCUAUUAGGGCAUUGAUUUGUGUGUGUGUGUGUGUUGUCUGUGUAAAUUUAAUAUAGUGGAUAUAUAAUGAUGUUUUUUAAUGGCAGUUAUAGAGUUCAUUUUCACUUUAAACAGUAACAUCUUUUUCUAUCAUUGUGCUAUUGAUUGCUAUAAGGGCCCCAUAGCUUUUUGAACUAUUUGUGGCAGAUAUACCACCCAAAGAGUUUGUUUGCCCGGUCUGAGUGACCCUAUAAUUUGAGUUAUCUCACAGAAAGUGUUGGCAAUAGAGGGCAUAGUCUACCACAAGUUGGCUUUUGGACAAAUAAGAGCUUCAGCAGAUGCAAUUAUUUGAGUUCUUUAUUAAAGCUGGGAAUAUACAUGGACUGUAGUGCCUUAAACUUCCUGACAUGUCAUUUUGCAGAAGAACAAAUAGGGGCUACCCUAGGUAAAUAUAAUGUUAUGAUUAUUAUAGUAGAUAUAAAAUAUAUUUUUGAUAUUUAUGGUGUGUAAUCUAAGUCACACAUUCUUCUAUAAAAAUAAGAAUAAUUGGAUGUCAGAGUACGGGCUCUAAAGAAGACUUGUGGAAAUCCUGAAAAGGAUUUGAAAGAAUAGAGAUUUUAUCCGUACAGUGCAUUAAUAAAGGGGGAUGCGACAUACUUAAUUUUUUCGCUUUUUAAAAGGUGAGUCAUGGAUGCGGGUGUUCUCAAUUCGAUGUCACCCCUUGCAAAGAUAUGAUUUUCUGAAUGCCACUGCUUAUGUAUGUCUAGAAUCAAUACCAUUCUUAGCCAAUCUGUGUGGAUGGGUAAUGAAUCUUAGAAUUAGCUGUAUGUUCAAUAGGCCCCUGCUUGGGUCUAUAACUGCAUCAUGAGUGAGCCCUCUAUCAUUCCUUUCUGAACGGACAAAUAUUUUUUGAAUUUGUGGCGUUGAUUAACAUCACCAACUGUCAUAUUAGGGUCACUCAGAAAAAAUCAUGCUUUUCUGAAUAUUCCAUUAUCAUCAUGUUUCUAAUAUCUUUCUGUUUUCUAUAGAAAGUUUUUCUCUUUUACGAUAUUGAAUAAAAAAAAAUGGAAAUUGUAUUAUGCAUGUACAGUAUAUGAAAACAUGUCAUGUGAUUGUGAAAUAGAUUGCAAGUAUUUGUUUGUUGUUCUUUUAAAAGCGAUGUGAUACUAAUUAUCAAGUAGAUCAUGUUGGUAAUUAUCCAAAGUUUGAACAUAUUAUGCAUUCCACAUGGUUGUGCGAACCAAUUAAUUUAUCAAGAUGUUGCAGAAUGUGAAAUCAUGUUAAAAUGAAACUUUUCUGAUGGUAUAAAAGGUGUUUUGGGGCCAUA